CGCCCGUAAUAGUUUUUUCUUCAAUUUUCAUUUGAUAACAAACCAACUGAGCCUUCAAGGUUGUUGGAUGAGGGGCUAAGAUAACCUAUGAGCCUGUAGUAACUGCUUGUACCCCCGCCCCCUUGUUGUUCCCUGUUGAAAGUUAAGCUUUUUCAUAUAAAGUUCCUUCAAAAUGAGCAAUAAUGCUGAUACAUUGGGAAGUGCACACCGACAUGAAGAUAACUCUGAAAAAGGAAAUAUACAGGCCUUACGAGAAGACUUGAUAUCUACAGCUGUAAAAUUUUUGCAAAAUCCACGUGUGGCAACACGUCCCAAGUCAGAGAAAGAAUCAUUCUUACAAAGGAAAGGAUUGAACCAUGCUGAGAUUGCAGCAGCAUUUGAAGCUGCUGGAACCAAAUUCAAGUUUCAUGCUUGCUUAAAACAAAAGGAUGGGACUCGUGGACACUACUCCUCUGUUAAAGUGGCACAGUUACAUGAGUACAGCCAUGCUUUGGCACCAGUUGCAACAUCAAAAUGGGGCUUCUUCAAGGAAAUUAUGAAUGCAAUGAUCCUUAUUGCAGGAGCUGCAUACAGCCUUCAUUAUUUAUACAGGCGAUUCAUAGAACCUUUCUUAUUUGGCCAUAAGAAAAAGAAUCCUUUAGAAGAUACUGUUGAAGAAAUGAACAAAAAUCUUACUUGUUUAGUAGGCAAUGUUUCAGCAGCAGUACAGGAUUUAUCUGAUACAGUUGCUACGCUUCGUCCAAAGCAAUAUGAACAAUCCGAGAUUAAAGAAUUAAAAGCUGAAAUGGCUUCUCUAAAAGCAAUUUUGCUAGGAAGGCGGCAGUUUCCAGCCCCUCCACCAAUUGUAACUGGAACUCCUUCUAUUCCCUCUUGGCAACUAGACACGUCGUCAGGAGAAAAACUAAAUCUUCGUGCAGAAUCGACAAGUAAAACUAACCAAGGGGAUGGUGUUUCGUUGUCCUCAUCGCCGGAGAUAAUUUCUGUUGAGGAUAUGCCCACAAAUUCUACAUCGCUGACCAAGGCGGGUUUGAGUUCGGUGUCACCUGCCCGUGGUCCAAGUGAGAGCAGUGAAUCCAAUAGUGCUGAAAUGGUAGAGAUGGGGGCUUCAGGUGGCUCUGGUGAAGAUACAGAUUAAGAUUGUGAAGUGAAAUACUUUGUUAUGCUCGUUCAUUGUUUGGCACAAAAAAAAAACGAAUUUGGAGAUGUUCAAUUGGAGGACAUGGAAGUAUUCAAUUCUUUCGCCAGCGAGUUCAAGAUUUAAAGUUGUAUAUCAACUAGUCCAUGUAUUGACUUUACUUAUUUUGUCGGGUUCGGGGCAUUAAGAUAAAAAAGGGAAAAAGAAA